AUCAGUAACUAAGAUUGCAUUUCAAUGUUUAAGUUAACAACCAAAGAAGUUAUCAGUAGUGACAAAAGUGGCUUCCAAUAUGGAGAGUUCAAUAAAUAUAGGAUCAAAAUCAUUCUUUGACUUUUCUUGUUUCCGCUGUCAGGAAAAUGACAGAAACACAGAGGCUGAAUUUUACUGUGAGGAUUGUUCUAAAUUUUACUGUAGUAAGUGUGUUGAUUAUCAUAACUCUUUUUACACAAAGCAUGCACUUUUGGGCAAGAAAAACAUCAGCCAGUGGCCUGAGUCCAAUGUUAGCCAACUAGAGCAAUGUCAGAAGCACAAGAAAGAAAAACUGACAGGAUUCUGUGAGGACCACAGUGAGCUAAUAUGUCAUGCCUGCCAUGUCCACAAUCAUCAGAAAUGCAGUCAUGUGGUUCUUAUAGCAGACAAAGUGAAAGACCUCCAUCAAAAAGGAGACUUCAAGCAGUUGUCAGAAACGUUUGAUACACAAUACCAGCAGUUGAUACAUAAGAAAAAUGACUUAGAGGAAAAUAUGAAGUCUAUUGAGAAAUCAUACAAGAAAAUUCUGGAAGAAAUCAAUGCUUUACGAAAGACAAUUAAUGAUGCUUUGGACCAACUGGAAAAGUAUACCAAGAAGGAGUUGGACACAUUACUGGAAACCACGAGGAAAUCAAUUCAAACUGAUAAAGAAAACUGCACUGAGUCCAUCAAAAAUAUUACAUGCUUAAAAGAAGAUUGGAGGAGAAUAAACGGAAAAAGUGAAUCACUCAAUUUUAUCAAGUAUAGAAAAUGUAUUGUCCAUUCCAUCAAAGUAGAAGCAGUUUUACAAGAGAUGACAAAAAAGAAUGAGAUUCAACUUAUCUUUAAACCUGAUACAACUAUCCAAACAAACCUGUCCACUCUCUCAGGAUUGGGACAAAUAUUUAGCUCAGUGAAACAAUUUAAACCUUCUCACAGAAUUACAGAGAACCUAGUUACCAGACAGAAUAAACCUGAAGCAUCUAGCCAGUCUGACCCUGAAAACCGAACAACUUCAAUAUUAAAGAAAAAAAUUCCCAAGCCAGACCCCAGUUCAUCUAGAAAGUACACACCAGGAAACCAAACAAGUGAUCUGACCAAGUCAGGCCAGGUGUCUGAUCCAGUAUCAAGUUCAUCAGACCAGCUGGUCCAGGGAUAUCAACCAGGUGCAGUAAGCAAGCCUGAUCAAAUCAUUAAAGUGACUAAUGAUAAGAGGUACACUGUGCUAAUUAAGGGUGAUGAAAAAACAUGCAAAAUAUCUGUCAUCUGUGAGACGUCUUCUGGAGAACUCCUCAUCACAGACUUUAACAACAAAAAAGUGAAGCUCCUGGAUCAGACCUACAAGGUGGUGACCCACUGUGACUUGCCCAGCACACCAUGGUCCAUGUGCAGCAUUGACUCCAACCUGGUGGCUGUUGCUAUGAGUAACAAAGAUGUCCACUUUAUCAGUGUGUCAAAUGGUCAGUUGAUACAGGACAGGAUACUAAAGCUCCAACAUUUCUGCAGGGGUAUUGCCCACCAGGAUGGUAACCUGUACAUGGCAGAUGGUAAAGCUCUGUAUCUCUAUACUGUGGAUGGAAGACUGGUGAGGGAAAUGUAUAAUAAAACGUCAGUUACCUCCUGUGCAGUGAGUCCAGAUGGAGACAGGAUAUAUGUGAUCAACCCGAACAGUAACCAGCUGGUCACACUGUCCAGGGAAGGCACAGUGAUCUCCACCCUGACUGUACCUGCACUGCGCUCCCCUAUAGGAGUACUACCUGGCCUACAGGUACAUGUGACAGAUUCAGGACAAGUUAUGGUGUGUGGAUACUGGUCCUCAACAAUAAUCCAGAUGGACAGGGAUGGGAGACAGAGACUGGCACAGGUGGUCACAGAGGAUGAUGGUGUGACUGGCCCAAUAUCUGUCUUCUAUAGUAAGCCCACAGGCUCAAUCAUUGUAGGAAUGAUGAACAAUAAUGACAUUAUAGUGUUUAAGGCACUGUUGGAGUAGGAUGAUGCUCAUUUCAAAUCAUUUAAUUAUACACUCACAUAUACAUCGUCAUGUAAUAAGUGUUACAGUUUUGUACACAUGGUUUUAAAGCCAGUGACUGUUGGAAUAGGACAUAUUCAUUAUCCUCUGUAUGAAACUAUUACAAAUUUCCAAUGAAACCAAGCCUGUAUCAUUAUGAACUUAAAUUGAAAUAUGCUCAGAUAUUAAUAGCAAACACAAUUAUUAGUUUGGUUGAAACUAGUUUUAUAAGGAUUGUUGAACAUAUUAGAAUAGUCUAUUCAAAAGAUUAUGUUUAAAAGACAAAGUUUAUUUAUUGCUCAUACAACUAUAUUCUUGUAUUGUUCAUGACAUGCAUGCCAAGUACUGUUAUUAAUAUUCGUAUGAAUACUUUUCAAACAUAUUAGAAUAGCCAAUUCAAAAGAUUAUGUUUAAGAGACAAAGUUUAUUUAUUGCUCUUACAACUAUAUUCUUGCAUUGUUCAUGACAUGCAUGCCAAGUACUGUUCUUAAUAUUCGUAUGAAUACUUUUCAAACAUAUUAGAAUAGCCAAUUCAAAAGAUUAUGUUUAAGAGACAAAGUUUACUUAUUGCUCCUACAACUAUAUUCUUGUAUUGUUCAUUACAUGCAUGCCAAGUACUGUUAUUAAUAUUCGUAUGAAUACUUAUCAAACAUAUUAGAAUAGCCAAUUCAAAAGAUUAUGUUUAAGAUACAAAGAUUAUUUAUUGCUCAUACAAUUAUAUUCUUGUAUUGUUCAUGACAUGCAUGCCAAGUACUGUUAUUAAUAUUCGUAUGAAUACUUUUCAAACAUAUUAGAAUAGCCAAUUCAAAAGAUUAUGUUUAAGAGACAAAGUUUAUUUAUUGCUCUUACAACUAUAUUCUUGCAUUGUUCAUGACAUGCAUGCCAAGUACUGUUCUUAAUAUUCGUAUGAAUACUUUUCAAACAUAUUAGAAUAGCCAAUUCAAAAGAUUAUGUUUAAGAGACAAAGUUUACUUAUUGCUCCUACAACUAUAUUCUUGUAUUGUUCAUUACAUGCAUGCCAAGUACUGUUAUUAAUAUUCGUAUGAAUACUUAUCAAACAUAUUAGAAUAGCCAAUUCAAAAGAUUAUGUUUAAGAUACAAAGAUUAUUUAUUGCUCAUACAAUUAUAUUCUUGUAUUGUUCAUGACAUGCAUGCCAAGUACUGUUAUUAAUAUUGGUGUGAAUACUUUUCAAACAUAUUAGAAUCGUCUAUUCAAAAGAUUAUGUUUAAGAUACAGAGUUUAUUUAUUGCUCAUACAACUAUAUUCUUGUAUUGUUCAUGACGUACAUGCCAAGUACUGUUAUUAAUAUUUGUAUGAAUACUUGGUCUGAGUCAUUAUGUUAACUAUCCGUCAAACUCAUAUUUAUGUGAAUAUGAUAUCAUACAAUUAUUUUACAAAUAUCACAUUAAAUCAAACCCAUAUGCACUCUGGCACCAGUACUGUAAAAAUACAAGGAUUGAAAUCCAAGACUAGAAAUGUGUCACAGACACUGACUCACCCACAUCUUUUGUUUUGACACAAAUUGACUACUUAUUCUUUAGUUGACAAAACGAUAAUGGGCCAUAUUCUGCCAAAACUGGUCGCAGUCACUAUUCCUUUUUGUAAUUAUCAUCUACACAUAUAAAUAAUUCAACUGUGAAAGCUUGAUCGAGAUCCAUCCAAUAUUUAAACAGAAGUGGAAAACUUGAACUUUUUGGACUUAAUUUUCUAUAGUGCAAAAAGCCCUAGGCUGUUUAAUUGAGACGUGGUGAAACUAAACUUUUACGUUCAGAUUUUAUGAUGUUUAAUAAUAAACUGUGGUUUGUAACUAGAUUUUUAACUCUAUAUGACUAAGAUUCUAUAUUUUCUGAGGCAGUAUAAUAAUAGAUUAAACAAGCAGGUUCGUGGAAUUGAUAUCCCCCGCCAAAUAAAUUUUGUUUAUGGAUGGGUGUAGAACUAAAAGAAAAGGGAUAAGUGAAGGGUUGUGCCUUUUGUCAAUUUUUUGUUUAAACUCAUUUGUAACUGUGAUGGGUUUGCAGAAAUAAAAUGCAGAUAGCAUAUUUUUCAUAAAUCAAUUAACAUUGAUAGUAUCAUGACAAAAGUAGAAAUUGCUUGUUAUGAGCAUUUUCUUAAAUAGAAAUCUUAUAUACUGAGUUAUUGCCCCAAAAAGUAACAACACACCAAAAUAACAAAGGACAAUAACUAAAAACUUAACAGAGGAGGGUUCUUGAGCGUUCAUUUUUUAUUUAGGUGAAUUAAAAAGUCUUGCCUUUUCCACGAAAACAUCUUAAUAUACACUAAAUGUUCAGAGUGUUGCAGAGUGAACACAACAUCCGCCAUGACAUACGUGGCAAUAACAUAAGUAAGUUUUUAAGGUUAAUCAUCCAUCAUUGAGUACGGAAUUCAUUGGUAUCAAUUUGGAAACAUGAUUACUC